UAACUAAUAAUACAAAUACUUUAUAUACAAAUAUAAACCCAAUGUAUAGCCAAUUGAUUUGAAAAAUCUAUGGAUCAAACACUAGUUGAUGACAACUAUUGGUUCAUUCAAUUGGCGACCAAUUUAUUAAGUUAUUCACUAAUAUUAUUACCGUCGGCACUGUUGGUCUAUUUGGUCAACAAUGGUCUAUGUCAUCGAUCGGUCAGCGACAACUAUUUGGUCAAAUUGUUUGUCUACGGCGGCAGCGGCGGCGGCGGGACCACCAAUAAGGACAUCCACAACAAUAUCAUCGGCGAUAACGAUGACGACGAUAAUGACAGACUAUUGCCCGUAACUAUCGAUACGGCCGUCAAUAAUGGUCGUCAACAGCAAAACAAAUUGACCAAAUGGUGGUCACAGUUUGGCGGCCGACGGGCAACACUUAUGCUCUACUGUUUCGCUGGUCUUCAGGUUUCGUAUCUCAGUUGGGGUUUACUUCAGGAGAAGAUAAUGACCACUGAAUACACGUUUCACUACAAUAUAUUGAAUGUAGAUGACAUUAAUCAUCCGUCAAAUAGUGGACUAAAUCCAACCAUCAAAUCAUCGACAUAUCACCAGAAGUUUACAAACUCACAGUUUCUUGUAUUAGUCAAUAGGGUUCUGGCAUUUAUUAUAGCAUUUGUGGCGUUAAAUAUCAGACAACGGUCCCCAACUAAUAGGUCCCGAUAUGGUGGCGGUCAGCCACCGCUUCAUCAAUAUAUCUACUGUUCCCUAUCAAACAUAUUGAGCAGUUGGUGUCAGUACGAGGCACUCAAGUUUGUCAGUUUUCCCACUCAGGUGCUGUCCAAGGCCUGUAAGAUAAUGCCAGUGAUGCUGAUGUCGCAGCUGAUUGGCGGCAAAAAGUAUCGUACAGUCGAGUACUUGUUCGCCAUUUCCAUAUCGUUUGGUAUGACAUUGUUUCUAUGGACCGAUCGAUCGGCUAACGCAUCGCACGCCGCCGCCGCCGCACACCACUCAUCUGCGGAUGCAGCGCCAUUGGCCAGUGAAUCGGGUUCGGGUCAGCAAUACUAUGGCGGUCUAUUGAUACUAAUAUUGUAUCUGACAUUCGACUCUUUUACAUCCAACUGGCAGACCGUCCUAUUCGACAAAUACAAGAUGUCUACACUGCAUAUGAUGGCCGGCGUUAACUUCUUUUCAAUACUGUUAACAUCGACGUCACUACUAGAACAGGGAGAUCUCGGACCAGCCUUCCAGAUGGUCGUCAACAAUACCAGUCUGCUAACCGAUUGUCUACUAUUAUCAAUGUUUUCGGCUGCCGGCCAACUGUUUGUCUUCUAUACGAUUUCGACAUUCGGUGCACUAGUAUUUGUUACUAUUAUGACACUCAGACAGGCCAUAGCCAUACUAUUAUCCUGUAUAGUCUACAAUCAUUCACUGGCACCUGUAGGUCUCAUUGGUAUUAUUAUUGUUUUUGCCACACUUUUUACGCAAAUCUAUUGGAAAUCCAAAUCAAAAGGCAAAAGAUGA